GAUGGUAUUCAGAUUCCAACAGACAAGAGCAGUAAUGGCACCACCAGGGCUGCUACCAGGUUUAGAGCAAUGAAGAGUAAUGAGCAUCCCAGUACUAGCAGUCAUGGUGGAGAUGGCAAACCUGCCACUAGUACUGGUCAUGAAGACUGCUAUGGCUCCAAUCACACCGUCAGCAGUAAUGGUCAUGAUAGAGGCUGCCUUGCAAGAGAUGAUGGGAACCCUGCCACCAGUGGUACCACAACUGAUCAUGGUGGAGACUACGCUUCAUAUUUGACACUCGUGGCCACUCUUCCGCAUGACUCUUCAGAUGAUGAGGAAUUAAACCAAGCCAUAAUUGCUAGUUUGGAGAGUCAAAUUGCAGAGAAGGUCCCAGUCCAAGAGAUACUGCUGGAACUGUCCAGCAAAAUUAACACAAAACGCCAGUGCAAAUUUAAUAUAAAUCGCUCUGCUGUCUGGGAGGGAGCCAUGCGAGGCUUCCAAAGGGUAUCCUAUGACCCCAACUUGAUGAUCUGUGUAAAGUUCUCCGAUGACAUGGGGAGAAACGAAGAAGGAGUUGAUUUAGGAGGACCAAGAAGGGAAUUCUUAAGGCUGCUGAUGGAAACUAUUGCCAGGUCGCCCAUGUUUGAGGGAAAAGAAAACCGCAAGAAUUUGGCUCUUGACAGUACUGGUAAUCACUGGCUUUUCUUAUAAAUGAUAAUAUGAGCCAUUUUAAUUGAUAGUGAUUUUGACAUGCAACUUUGAACAGAUUUACAGUUUACAAUUUAAUAUUAGACUGGAAAUCCCAUGGUUUCAUGUAGUAUUGUCUUAAUGCCUCAAAUAGGUACAGGGGCCUUUACUUAGCCCAACUGCAGAAGGUACCAGGCUUUCAUAAAGUAGGCUUGUUUUAGAGGCAGGACUUUAGGCACAAUUGGUCAUAUUUUAGUAGGAAGCGCUGUUUUAAACUGCCCCUGUUAGCACAGUUACUGCAUUAUGUGGUAAAUUCAAACUUAGCACUUUCUGUAUCUGUUUUCAAUUAAAAUCCUUCUACAGUGUUAUGAAACAUUUGCAGCAAUGUUUGUGGAAUACUUGAAACGCGCCCUUGAAA